UUACGAAAAGGGUCUUUUAUAUAGUUCAUUCUCGGAGUCUCUGGACCAAAAACAAAAACACCAACUUUGUAACUCUGCAGAGGAGACAAUGUUGUCUCAGAAGCAAGCAGAGGAAGCAAUAGUCAGCAACCUCAACGAGACAGAACAUGAAGUGGGAAGCACAAGGGAAGAAGAGAGGGAGCAAGACCACUCCAUGUUCAGUCUCAAGAGCAUCCUUUGGCAUGGUGGUUCUGUUUGGGAUGCAUGGUUCAGCUGUGCCUCAAAUCAAGUGGCUCAAGUGCUCUUGACACUCCCAUACUCCUUCUCUCAACUUGGCAUGCUAUCAGGCAUCUUGUUUCAGGUGUUCUAUGGAAUUAUUGGAAGCUGGACUGCUUAUCUAAUCAGUGUCCUCUACGUUGAGUACCGCACCAGAAAGGAAAAGGAAAACGUCAACUUCAAGAACCAUGUCAUUCAGUGGUUCGAAGUCCUUGAUGGGUUACUUGGUCCAUAUUGGAAAGCAGUGGGGCUAGCCUUCAACUGUACUUUCCUCCUCUUUGGAUCUGUGAUACAGCUUAUAGCAUGUGCAAGUAACAUCUAUUACAUAAAUGACAAAUUGGAUAAACGGACUUGGACUUAUAUAUUUGGAGCUUGCUGUGCCACCACUGUCUUCAUACCUUCCUUCCACAAUUACCGAAUCUGGUCAUUUUUGGGUCUUGGAAUGACCACUUACACGGCUUGGUACCUUGCUGUAGCAGCUAUUGUUCAUGGCCAGGUGGAAAAUGUCACACACUCGGCUCCAACUAAGCUAGUGCUAUACUUCACUGGAGCCACCAACAUACUCUAUACGUUUGGAGGACAUGCUGUGACUGUAGAGAUUAUGCAUGCGAUGUGGAAGCCCCAAAAGUUCAAGUACAUCUACUUGCUCGCCACUUUGUACGUUUACACACUAACUAUUCCUUCCGCCGUCGCCGUUUACUGGGCUUUCGGUGAUAUGCUUCUUAACCACUCCAACGCCUUCUCUCUCCUCCCCAAGUCCGGCUUCCGUGACGCCGCCGUUAUCCUGAUGCUGAUUCACCAGUUCAUCACAUUUGGGUUUGCGUGCACUCCAUUGUAUUUUGUGUGGGAGAAGGUGAUUGGAAUGCAUGACACAAAGAGUAUUUGUUUGAGGGCACUUGCACGAUUGCCAGUGGUGAUACCUAUCUGGUUCUUGGCUAUAAUCUUCCCUUUCUUCGGCCCCAUAAAUUCAGCUGUUGGAUCUCUGCUCGUUAGUUUCACUGUCUACAUCAUCCCUUCCUUAGCCCAUAUGCUCACCUACAGGAAAGCCUCUGCCAGACAGAAUGCUGCAGAGAAGCCUCCUUUCUUCAUGCCAAGUUGGACAGCAAUGUAUGUGUUGAAUGCAUUCAUUGUUGUAUGGGUUUUUGUUGUUGGGUUUGGGCUUGGAGGAUGGGCCAGCAUGACAAACUUCAUAAGGCAAAUAGACACAUUUGGGCUUUUUGCUAAAUGCUACCAGUGCCCUCCACCAGCACCACCACAUGUUGUGGCAGCACCACCCCCUCAUGCCCAUCAUUAG